AUGUCCGAAUUCCCCAUAGUGUUGGUAAAGAAUAUCCCUUACGAUGCUUCCACCAGCCUGCUCUAUGAAGUAUUUGGCAAGUUCGGUCAUAUUCACCAAUUGAGAAUUUCAGAUGGGCUGGUUCCUCAAGGUUCAUGUUACGUUGUGUACUCGGAAUUGGCUUCAGCCAAAAGAGCAGCUCGAGAGCUUAAUGGAGUCAACUUCCAUUCACGGUAUCUCGUGGCACAUAUGUUUGCUGUGGACCCGGAAAUUCUGCGAGAGGAGUUGUAUAGGUUGAAAGAGCAACAUGGAAUUGAGUAA